AUGCACGUCAGCCACAGCCAUGCGAAUCACCCUCCGCCUCUAUACAGCUCGCCGCGGAUCAUCAGUUUCUUGACGUGUAUACUAGUCGCACUUGCGUCAGGUACCAAUUAUGUAGCUUAUGGGCCACAAUUGGGUGCUCGCUUGAAGCUCACCCAUACUCAGAUCAACAUCGUGGGCUUGUCGGGGAACAUCGGUGUCUACGGAACUGCUCCAAUAUGGGGCGGGAUUGUGGACCGCAAGGGCCCCCGCAUCAUGAUGGUGAUAGCCUUCUUCGCGCUUCUUGCAGGGUACCUUGGGAUCCGCCACUUCUACGACUCAGGCCGUCCUGACGGGGACACAAUUUCGCUGGUAUCCUUCUGGACCCUCGUCUUCUUUGGGUUUCUCACCGGGAUCGGCGGCAAUGGCGGCCUCGUCGGCGCGAUGAACGCCACUGCGAAAAGCUGGCCGGACAGUAGACGAGCUACAGCUAAUGGGAUUGUCAUUUCUGGCUUCGGCCUGUCUGCAUUCCUUUUCUCGACUAUCGCACAUACCCUCUUCCCCGGAAACACCUCCGAAUUCCUCCUCGUCCUCGCUGUUGGCACCGCUCUUCCUAUGAUCCUCGGCUUCUUCAUUGUCCGCCCCAUACCUCCGCCGCAUAUCGACCCUACUACACGGCUCGAGCACGCAAUUGACGGAGACGAAGACGCAGAUGGGUACGGUACCAGCGAGGGCCUUGGGACUGGCUCCCCAACUACUUACUCUCUUGCGAAUGAUAGCCAUACGCAUUUGCUCUCACGUGACGCGGAUGACGGCGAACAGGGCAGGUCGAGGAUGGAGGUCGAGGAAGAAGAGGAGCCACUCGUACCGCCCUUGCACCAUACGCAAGUGACCUCCGACUAUGUCGUGGAGACAGCUUCAGACGCACUCAUGCUCAGUCCGACUCGAGAGGGGUUCACCCGCCAUCGCGCUACCAGUGCGCGGUCGUUGUCCCGGAGGAGCGUGAGGAGCGCGCUGGACGAAGGGUUGGAAGGGACGCCGAACAUUCAUGGUAGGAGACUGUUUGCGACUGCGAACUUCUGGAUGCUGUUCACCGUUGCGUCGCUGUUGAGUGGAACAGGGUUGAUGUACAUCAACAACGUCGGUGCGAUCUCGCAAGCACUCUUCUCCCACAAUAACCCCGAAUACGACGAUGUGAAGGCGGCACAAUGGCAAGCAACUCAAGUGUCUACCAUCAGCGUCAUGAACUGUCUUGGCCGCAUAAGUAUUGGUAUCAUCGCCGACUUUACCAAGGCUAAGCUUCGCCUCCCUCGCUCGUUCUGCAUUGUCCUCGUCGCAGCGAUGUUUGUCAUCUCGCAAGUGACCUGUUACUCCAUCUUGGACAUCGGGAACCUGUGGAAGGCGAGCGCGCUUCUCGGACUCGCAUAUGGCGGGCUGUUCGGUCUCUUCCCCACUCUCACAAUUGAGUGGUUCGGUCUCCAACACUUCUCCGAGAACUGGGGUUUCGUCUCCCUUUCGCCCAUGAUCGGCGGCAAUGUCUUCUCCAUCGCCUUCGGGCGCAACCUCGACGCGCACAGCGACGAUGACCCCGCUACGAACAGCACUGCUUCCUCUCUCGCCUCUCUCACCUCCUUCCUGGCGCCUCCGUCGACUCCCUCUCCCCUCGUUGCACUCAACACGACGUCGGUGUUGCCGAUCAAUGCGCGCGGAGGGAUCCCCGACCCGCAUCACUGCAUCAUCGGACGCGAGUGCUACGCUGACAGUCUCAAGAUGACGAUCGUCGCGUGCUGUCUCGCGCUCGCGCUCGGGGUCUACGCAAGCUGGAGCGACUACAAGCGGCACAAGCGCUGGGCGAGUCGUGCGGAGGCCGGACCAGCAGUCGUCAUAUGGGAGAGCGAAGAGUGA